UUUCUUCGUGUACUCUCAAAUAGCAAAAGAAGGUCUUUUCUCCGCACCUAGACUUUUCUGAUCUAUAGAAACACUUUAUACUCAUGUUUCUGCACUCUAACCUGCGAAUACGACGUCAGGGCCGGAACUGGCUUCGUUUGGCUUUUAUUCCCAUCCUCAUUAUUCUAUCAGUCGACUUUUUCCUAAAUAUUUCUCUCAAUCCACCGUUGAAACGAGUUUCUUUAUCCUCGGCCCCAUCCGACACUGUCACUCGUAAAGAUCGUAUAUUCAUUGCGAGCAUGCAUUGGAACAAUGAGCUCAUUCUACGCUCCCAUUGGAGUGCGGCCCUAUUAGAUCUAGUCGGAUAUUUCGGCGUAGACAAUGUCUAUAUAUCUAUUGUAGAAAGUGGCAGUUGGGACAACACCAAGGGUGCUCUGAUGGAUUUGGACGUGGAAUUGGGGAAGCUGGGGGUAGAGAGGAGCAUUGAAUUGUUGAAUAUUACACACAAAGACGAAGUGGAACGGAUACCGAAACCAGACGAGGAGGGGUGGAUACAAACGAGCAGGGCCAGAAAAGAACUACGUCGAAUUCCGUAUCUUGCAAAAUUACGAAAUAGAGUUAUGGACAAGCUGAAAAAACUCGCGAACAGAACGGAUGAUCAGGAAGAACGAUCGUUCGACAAGAUACUGUGGCUGAACGACGUUAUUUUCACGACCGAAGACGUCGUGACUCUGCUUGCAACAAGAGAUGGCAACUACGCCGCUGCCUGUGCAAUCGAUUUUUCCAAACCUCCACUUUUUUACGACACCUUUGCUCUCCGCGACAUCGAAGGCGAAAAACCAGUUACGCAAACCUGGCCCUUUUUUCUGGCUGCCGAAUCACGGAACGCGAUGAAGACAAGCACGUCAAUACCGGUUAAAUCAUGCUGGAAUGGAAUAGUGGUCUUUCAAGCAGAACCAUUUUAUGAGAAUCCAUCCUUGCGUUUUCGGGGGGUUCGAGAUAGUCUUGCGCAAUAUCAUUUAGAAGGAUCGGAAUGCUGUCUUAUUCACGCAGACAAUGGUUUGAGUUUGACGAAAGGCGUCUGGCUUAAUCCAAAUGUAAGAGUUUCGUACAAUGCUAAAGCUGAUAUUGUUGUGAAUCCAAAAGGGGGGAAGUGGCCAAGCAAAGGAGAGAUUCUAAAGGGGAUAUGGAGUAAUAGGUGGGCUCGUUGGACGGGAUUCCUACAGAGAUCUCUCGAGCGUUCUUUAGUGGAGAUAAGGGUGCAACGCUGGCGUAGUGAGACAUUAGUUGUAGGACAAACAAAAGUUCAUGAGAAGGGGGUUUACUGUCUGAUAAAUGAAAUGCAGGUUCUUAUGGAAAACGGUUGGGCUCACAUAUGAUUGUUGCUAUUUUGAAUAUACAAAUUAUUUUCUUGUUUUGAAAGCAGAGGACAUGAAAAACAA